AUGUGGUUUCAAAAGCUCUGCGUCGCUUUGGCGCUGUCCCUCGCCACAUGCCCCAACAACAUCUUCUCUUUGGCAGAGCCGAGUCCAAACCCGAGCACCGCAGUUGGGGGCAAACCGUUCCCUCCCUUGAUUGAGGCAACCUUAGAAGAUCUCAUAUCAGGACUUGAGGAUGGACGCUUCACCAGCGUUGACCUGGUCAACGCGUACACCGCCCGCAUUAUGGAAGUGAAUUCAACCCUCAAGAUGGUUACGUACUUGAACCCGGACGCUCUGUCGAUCGCAGCCGAGGCAGAUGCUCUGAGAGCAGAAGGAACAGUGCUUGGUCCUCUGCACGGUAUACCCAUUUUAAUCAAGAACAAUAUUGCCACGAACGACAGCGAGCCCAAUACGGCAGGGUCAUACGCUUUGCUCGGCGCAAAGGUUCCUCAAGACAGCACCGUGGCUGCCAAGCUCCGAAAAGCAGGCGCCAUCAUUCUAGGGAAGGCAAAUCUUUCACAGUGGGCGAAUUGGCGAAGCGAUAAUACCAGCAAUGGCUGGACUGCCGAUGGUGGACAGACAGAGGGCGCAUACUAUCCAGGGCAAGAUCCAUCUGGUUCCAGCUCGGGUAGUGGCGUGGCAAGCUCACUCGGUCUUGCACUUGCAGCUCUUGGAACCGAGACAGAUGGCUCAAUAGUCUCCCCUUCGAAUGUUAACAACCUGGUUGGUAUCAAGCCGACAGUUGGUCUGACCUCGAGGUUCCUGGUAAUCCCCAUUUCAGAGCACCAAGAUACAGUCGGCCCAAUGGCAAGAACCGUGAAAGAUGCCGCAUACAUCUUGUCCGCUAUCGCUGGAAAGGACUCCAAUGAUAACUAUACCGAUGCCAUUCCCUUCGAUACAAUUCCAGACUACGCUGCCGCGUGCGAUCACGACGCUCUCAAAGGAAAACGACUCGGGAUUCCGCGUAACGUCUUCGAUAUUACAGGGGCCGAGGAGCAGUAUGGCCCUAUCGUGGCCGCCUUCAACGCGUCUCUCGAGGUAUUCCGAGCUGCUGGGGCCGAAAUCGUCGACGACAUCUUCCUCGAGGGCUACGAGGUGCUAGCCCGGUCGAACUACGAACUCACGGUACUCGGUGCGGACUUCGUUACGAACAUUGCGAGUUACUUCGCGAAGCUGAGCUACAACCCUAAUAAUAUCACCACGCUCGAGGAGCUGCAGGAGUUCACACAGGGUUUCCCCAUCGAGGACUGGCCAGAGCGCGACACACGAAUCUGGCAGCGCGCCCUGGAUCUCGGAUUCACAAAUGAUAGCCCAGAGUUCUGGUCCAACUACACUGCGGAUCUCUACUACGGCGGUCUCCUCGGUGUCACGGGUGCCCUGACCAACUUCUCGCUGGAUGCUUUGAUUCUGCCCACCACAUUCUCUUCGACGCUACCGGCUGUCAUUGGCGCGCCCAUCGUGACUGUCCCACUGGGCAAGUACCCGGAGAACCAGACGGUCAUCCCGAACUCUUUCGGAAACCUGAAUGACACGGCACCGAAUAUCCCGUUCGGAAUCUCUUUCCUCGGCGAGCACUUUAGCGAGGAGAAGCUCAUCGGGCUUGCGUACGCUUUCGAGCAGCGCACCCUGGUUAGAAAUACGAUCAAACCGUACAUAGAGCCCAAGACAGAGUUGGCUGAUGUGGUGUGCAAAAGGCAAGCUGGUGGAAAGGAGCAGCGGGCGAUCAGACUAUAA